GAUGUUCGCUGUAUUUCUAACAGGAAGGAAGGAACGCCGUGGGUGGCUGGAACCACUACGUGUCAAAUUACCGAAUUACCCUUAACGGUCUUGUUACCCCUACAACAGGCGUCAACAGAAUCUAGUCCACCGCCAGAGUGACAUUCAUGUUAUUUAGUAACAACGGUAUAGGCAAAAAUGUCAACAUCAUCUUUUUGAGAAUCCCGUCCCGCCAUAGUACUAAAUUCUCCACCCGCCCCCUCCCGCCACCGUCAGAGACCCAUCUUUCUCUCUCUUUCUGAUUCCGGCUGCAGUUCCGUGAGAUCCGGCCUGGAUUUUCGUGUCUAAUGGAUGCUUCUCCAUGGGGCACGAAGGCGGUGGAGUUGUGAAACCUGAAAUGGGGAAGCAAGUAAGCGAGCGAUGGCCGGGCAGAGCGAAGGAAGGAGGAGGGUUGGAGGUGAAGGUUGGAUCCCGGCAGUCGGAGUGUGGUCUACGGCGAGCUCUGGACCUGAUCACGUCGGUGACGGUCCUCACACACUCAACACGAGUUUUCCCUGUGAAGUGGCAGUCCAUCCGUGCCAGGCUCGACCGGCUCCAUUCGGAUCUCUCCAACAUCCUGCUCCUUCUAGACUCCGCUUCUGCCUCCCACAACGGCGGCCACGCCGUUGGGAUCCCCUCGAUCAUCGCAACGUUGUCCGAAUGUUCUGCCAUGUCGCGCAGCUGCACAGAGCUGACCUACAGCGGGAAGCUUCUGAUGCAGAGCGACCUCGACAAGCUCUGCGGUCGCCUGGACGGGCAUCUCCGGCUCAUAGACGGCGCCUACCGAACGGGAGAACUCGCCGCGCAUGCCAUGGCGAUCGUCGUCUCCCGACCACCCGCUGGUGCGCCUCGGGAGGACGUUCGGUUCUUCGUGAGCGACCUCUUCACGCGUGUUCAAAUCGGAACCACAGCCAUGAAGGUGGACGCGCUCCGGGCACUCGAGGAGAUCGUCUGCGAGGAGGAGAAGCAUCGGAGGAUCGUCAUGGAAACCGGCGAGGUGGCUCAACUGGUGAGGGUUUUGGAGUCGGGCGACGUGGAGAUAAGCAAGAGAGCGGCAAGAAUUCUGGCAGCAAUCGCUCGCAACGAAGAGCACAAAGCUGAGCUCGUCUCAGCGGGAGUCAUAUCCCCUGCAAUCGGGCUUUUGGAGAAGGGCAGAGGCCAUGGGAGAGAAGCCGCCGCCGUGAUGCUUAACCGACUCACUGCUUACUCAGAGAACGCAUGGUCAGUUUCAUCUCAAGGAGGGGUGACGGUGUCGUUGGCCGUCUGUCAGACAACGGACGGCAUCCUCCGGCGGGAGGCUGCUGGAAUCCUGAGGAACGUGGCUGGAGUGGAGGAGAUCCGGCGGUUCAUGGUCGACGAGGGCGCUGUCUCCGUCGUCAUCGGCCUCCUAAGGUCAGACGAUGAAGAGACUCAAAUUUGUGCGGCAGAUUGCUUACGAAUAAUGUCGACUGGCGACGUAUUUAUUAGGAGUUCAAUCGUUAGAGAGAAAGGGAUCCAGUCCCUCGUGUCUUCCUUGAUCUCCAAGUCGUCGGAGUGUCGAGAAUUCGCCUUGAGGGCGAUCGGAAACUUCGCAUCCUCGCCGACCUUUGCAAAGGUGGUCGUUCUUUCCGGCUUCCUCGGCUGGAUCCCCGCGAUCCUUAAGGGAGGAGAGUUUAGAAUGCAAGAGCCGGUGGUGCGGACUGUGCGAGACCUCGUUAAGGUUUCCGAUGACGCAAAACGCGCUGCCGGAGACGUCGGAGUGGUGCCGGAGUUGCUCAAGCUUCUCGAUGCGAAGUCGGCUACCGCGAGAGAGAUGGCCUCCGAGGCAAUAUCCGAGAUUCUCGGUGUCCCGAAAAACAGGAACAGGUUUGUUCAGGAAGAUCGCAACAUCCUUCGCGUCCUCCAAACGCUCGACGCCGACACGGGCACCCGAGCACGGCAGUUUCUCCUCCUCACUCUCAUUUGGGUAUCGAAUUCCCCGAUCGGCAGACGGAAGAUCUCGUUGUCCGGUUCCAUCCGCGCCAUCGAGCGGCUGGCCGAGGGCGACGUCCCCGAGGCAAAGCGGAUUGUCCGGCGAAUUUCUGGUGGAAAAUUUCGAAAGAUCCUUGGCGUCAUCUGGAGAUCAUAAAUCCUGACCUUGUAAAGACUUUUGCUGUUAUCUUUUCUUGAAAUUUCUGAAUUUUGUGUUGCUUUAAGGCUUUAUAUA